AUGUCUGCAGCCCGGACAAUGCCGGCGGAGAUCAUGGACAACUUCCAGACGGUUCUGCGUUUCUUCAUGAACCAAAAGGCCACCAUCGGCUACAGCUUCAUGGCCUUGCUCACCAUCGGCGGAGAGCGGGUCUUCUCCAUGGUCUCCUUCCAGUGCCCCUGUAACCACGACCAGAACUUUGCCUAUGGGAUCACCUUCCUGUUGGGGCCCGCCGCCGUGCUGCUGGUGCUGGGGCUGUUCAUGAACACGCGCUUGUGGAGGCUCUACACCGGCUGCUGCCUCAACCCUCUCAAACUGUGUCCGCGCGGGAACUGCCUGAACUGCCUCUGCGUCUUCCUGAGCAUCCUCUCGGGGGCGUGCGUGGCUCCCAUCAUGUGGCUGUCGGUGGCGCUGCUCAACGGGACGUUUUACGAGUGCGCGGUGAGCGGCCUGGACGACAACGUGGUGGUGGAUCUGUUCUGCGUCAACAAGACCCUCAAGUGCCGCGAGGAGCUGGCCCACGUGCCCUGCGACCGCUCCAAGCUGACCAGAGACGAGAGGAUGGAGCUGCUGCUGAUGCUGCGAGCGCAAUCACAGUCCCUGGAACAUCACUCAUGCGGACACAGGGAACAAGAGGUCUAG